AUGUCUUCUUCACGAACUGCUUUCGUUGUUGGUCUUGGUGGUGUGACUAAUGGUGGUAAAACAACAAUGUGUCGAUAUCUUGAGCGUCUAUUUUCUUCUAAUAAAUACAAUCUUGUUGUGAAAACAUUACAUAUUGAUGAUUAUUUUCGUCCAAAUAAUGAUCCACAUCAUAUAUAUCUGGAUAAAUAUCAUCAUAACGAUUGGGAUUGUUUAAAUGCAAUUGAUAUAGAUCGAUUUAUUAGAGAUUUUCAAUCUAUUCGUUUGAAAUGUGAUCUUUUAUUAAUUGAAGGUUUUCUUAUAUUUAACAUAGUAUCGCCAUCAAAAGAUGAUUAUCAAUAUGAUUUAGCUUAUUUUUUUGAUUUACCAUAUGAAGAAUGUCGUAAACGACGAUACGAACGAAAUUAUGAUCCACCUGAUCCAGAAGGUUAUUUUGAAGGACAUGUUUGGAAUGCUUAUAUUAAAGCAAAGAAAGAAGCAUUUGAACAAAAUAAAAAUAUAAAAUUGGAACUGGUCGAUACAACAAAAGAAUCAUUUGAAAAAAUUCAAGAAAAAAUCAUUCAAGAUAUUGAAACAAAUUUAAAACGACGUUCAAAAGACAUGAAAUAA